GGAUCAUUCUAGGGUUCUUUUAAAGAUGGGAGUGCUCUCUACAAUGUUCUCUACCUUGGCUCACCUCAUCUACCAACAAUCUCGACUCAUCUCUUUUCGCCGGCAAGCUUGGGCUAACCUUACCUCGAUGGAGACCGCCAUAGAUGCUCAAGUUUACAAGCCCUAGGUCAGGUUUAACGAACAUCAGAUCUUCUUUGUGAUCUGUCUCGCACAACAAGCCUCCUUGUGUUGAUCAGAAGUCACAGGGCUUGAUUCCGAGAGUUCAAUGACCAUUAGAUCUUAUUUCACCCCUCUCUCCGUGCAUUCUGUAAAUUCCUCUCUAAAUCCUCUCUUUGAUGUCGAUAUCUCUAUCUAGCCGAGAGAACAAAGGAGAAACAUAACUGAUUUUUUUGUUGCCCCUUAUCGGAAAACACACACAAACACACUUUUUCUAUGUGCUUUCUCUUUCCUCAUUCCUAAGCGCUGACUUCGACUCGGAAUCCUACAUCUCCGAUCUACGAACCUUUGUCCCCUUUGAAACCCUAAGAUCAGACCGUCUUCUCAAAUUAGGGCUUGUGGUAUCGAUUCAAAACAUGUAUCCCACCGCAUCCAUCAUCCAUCAAAACAUCUAUAUCCCAAAACGAUUGUUUCUUCUUCAAAACCCAUUGAACGAGCGUGCGUAUGAAAAGUUAGAGAAAAACAUAUGGCAUGCAGAAGGUGAAGCAUAUUCAUCCAGUGGAUCGUGAUUUUUGGUCAAGAUAACUCCAUUUUCCUAUUAUAGGUCAACUGCAAUCCAUUAUAUGUCCUUCGCCUCUUCCCUUGUUCCCCCAAUUCCUUCCCUAUGCCACCUUCCUCUCUCUUCUUCCAGCGAUACCCCAAUUCCUUCAUCAGACUCAUCUCCGCUGCUUCACCAAGCGCCUCUCUAUUGCACUGAUCUUAUUGUUUUCUUAGAGUUGGCAAUUUGAAGUGUAUAAGGAAAUAAAAGCUGAUUGGUAAAGGGAUGCUUCAUCCCUACUUGUUGCUAUUGGUUCUCAUUUACCAGACCUUGUAAGUAGAUAGAAACAGUCAAAAAGAAUAUCAUCAUUCUUUCACAUCUAUCUUUGUUCCAAAAUGUAUGCACAAAACUCAACUCUUCAAGAAACUCAGCAGAAAGAGGCAUCCAUUAAAACAAUGGUUGACGACCCUGUAAAAUCAGAGCACACUCGGUGGAAUGCAAAGGCAAUUGGAGGCUUGUGGGAAACCACAGAUGGCAAUGAUCCUUCUGUUGACAAAUCCACUCUUGUUCACACUGCUCUUAGGUAUGCCAAAGACCUCACAGGACUUGAUUUGAAAAAUUGCCAACAUUGGAAUCCUUUCCUCGAGAUUCAUUAUGACCGAGUUAAAAAAGAUGGAAUAUUUAGCCAUAAGGAGGUCACAGUACUCUAUGUUCCUGAUUUAUCAGAUUGUUUACCUUCAACAUAUGCAUGGAGGGAUCAAUGGCUUUCACACAAGAAAGCUAUUGUUGAGAGAGAGCAUCGAUAUGCUCUUAAAAGAGAGAUAGCUCGAGGAAAGAAGGAAGGAUUGAAAGAUAAGGAACCUGGGACACCCAAAGAUCUGAAGAAGGAUGCAAAAUUAGAAAAAGAGAAAGUGCCUGAAUCUGAUGAGUCAGCAUCAAAACUAAAAGAAAUGGCAAAAGAUAAAGUCAAAGAACCUAAAACGUAG